AUGCCUCCCGAAUUGGUGGAUUGCCACUCACUUGUGCCAUCAGAAUCGCUUUCUCCCCCCAGUAUCUCACCCUCACAGCAGUCAUAUCCAUCAGUAAGCUUCAGAAACAGUAGAGGAAGCAAAAGCAUGAGUUUUACAAGAAACAAAAUCCUACCUGUUCUCGUCUUGAUUCUGUCUAGUCUGUCCAUUCUCAGACUCGUUAGGAUUGCACUUACCACAUCUUAUACUUCUCCACUUCUAGCAAUUGCAUUGCCUCCAAAGCUUCAACGCCCAUUAUCAGGGUUCUCAGAAAAUCAUAGAACCUCUGCAAAUGAAGCCGCUAUUUCAGAGACGGAAUUCAAGCUUCUUUCAAAUCUGAUUGGUGAAAAGGCACCCUGCAAUCUCCUCUUCUUUGGGAUCGAACCACAGUACCUUAACCUCUCAGCAGUCAAUGACGGUGGAAAGAAUGUUUUUCUUGAGGAUGAUCCCUACAAACUGAGCACAUUCAGAGUCGACUCAAAUCACACACGAAUGUACAAAAUUGAUUAUAAGUUUCAUGCAGAAAAAGCUUACAAGUUAUUAAAGCAAGCAAGAGGAAACAAAUCAUGUGCACCAGACUCAGGGCUCAGGAAUUCAUCUAAGUGCAAACUUGCCUUGACAGAUCUUCCAAAAGAAGUUUAUGAAGUCAAAUGGGAUGUGGUGGUCGUGGAUGGACCAAGGGGAGAUAGUCCUCAUGCACCAGGAAGAAUGGCAACAAUUUACAGUGCUGCUAUCAUGGCAAGAGAAGGGAACACCACUGAUGUAGUUGUACAUGAUACAGACCGUAUGAUCGAAAGGUGGUAUUCUUGGGAGUUCCUUUGUGAUGAAAACUUGAUUUCCUCCAAAGGGAAGCUCUGGAUUUUCAGGAUUAGAAAUGAGAAAAAUUCAUCCAGAUUCUGCCCUGACAAACGCAUUGUGGUCCAACGAUGA